AUGAGUCUGGUGCAGCAGGAGCGGAUUUUUAUGGAGACAACCAAAAACAACAGAGAACAUCCGAUGGAUUGGAACGUCUACCACAAUACGGCAGACGUCGAGAAGUUCAUAAACUGGGUGAAGGAAAUGGGAGGCUGCUUCGUGCAGGUGCUAACGGCAGCCACCACGGAGGAGGGGCGCCAAGUCCUGGUGAUUAAAGUCACAGAUCCAUUCUCCGAUGAACCCAAGACAAAGAUCUGGAUCGAAGCUGGUAUCCAUGCUCGUGAAUGGAUCUCUCCUGCCGUCUCUCUGUAUAUCCUGAACCUUUUGAUUACAGACGAUUCUUGGCGAGACCUGCUGAAGAGGACGGAGUGGUACAUCGUGCCUGUCGUCAACCCGGACGGCUAUCAUUACUCCUUCACCUCCGAGUGA